AUGAUGAUGAUGAUGAUGAUGAUGGACACGAUUACGGCGACGAUGCCUGAGUUUCUGACACCGAAGCUGAAUUCCACCAGUAGAUACUUCACUACUCAUAGUGAAUUUGGCGAUUCAGUCUCUCAAUUCGGCCGGAGAAGACUUGUGUAUCCGAGCAGAGUCUUCGCCGUCUCCGAAAUCAGCAAGCUCGUGGCGGAGUUUGAUCCGGAGAUUCCGUUGGAGAGAGCAUCUACUCCGCCGAGCUCGUGGUACAGUGAUCCCCAAUUCUACCGAUUCGAGCUCGAUCAUGUCUUCUACGGAGGAUGGCAAGCCGUAGGAUACUCUGAGCAGAUUAAAGAUAAUCGUGAUUAUUUCACUGGGAGGCUUGGGGAAGUAGAAUUUGUGGUGUGUAGAGAUGAGAAUGGAAAGAUUCAAGCUUUCCACAAUGUGUGCUCUCACCAUGCCUCUAUCUUGGCUUCUGGAAAUGGGAACAAGUCUUGCUUUGUUUGCCCUUAUCAUGGAUGGACUUAUAGCUUGAGUGGAUCGCUUCUCAAAGCUACUAGAAUGGCUGAGAUUGAGAACUUUGCUUCAAAUGAAAUGGGACUCAAAUCUCUGAAAGUGGCUUUAUGGGGACCUUUCGUUCUCCUCAAGGUAGCAAAAGCUGAGACUGAUGGUUCAGUGGCAUCGGAAUGGCUUGGUGCUUCUGUGGAGAGGUUGAGCCAAGGUGGAGUUGAUUCAUCGCUUAGUUUCAUAUGCAGACGUGAAUACAUCAUUUAUUGUAAUUGGAAGGUGUUUUGUGAUAACUACUUAGAUGGUGGCUAUCAUGUACCUUAUGCACAUAAAGGUUUGAUGUCAGGACUCGAUCUGGAAACCUAUUCUACAACGAUAUUUGAUAGGGUUAGUAUCCAAGAAUGUGGAGGUGGUUCCAAGGCUGGUGAAAAGGACGGUUUUGAUAGGCUUGGAUCUAAAGCUCUAUACGCUUUCGUCUACCCAAACUUCAUGAUAAAUAGGUACGGACCUUGGAUGGACACGAAUCUAGUGAUACCGUUAGGACCAAGGAAAUGCAAAGUUGUCUUCGACUAUUUUCUUGAUCCAUCUUUAAAGGAUGAUGAAGCUUUCAUUAAGAGAAGUUUGGAAGAAAGCGAGAGAGUUCAGUUGGAAGAUGUUGUGUUGUGUGAGAGUGUUCAAAGGGGUCUCGAAUCGCCGGCUUAUGACAAAGGAAGAUAUGCUCUUGUGGAGAAACCAAUGCACCACUUCCAUUCUUUGCUACAUCAGAAUCUCAAACUGUGA